AUGAAUUAUUUGUCUACAUAUUUGUAUAUAUGUGCAUUGUACAAACAAAAAUACACGGCAGUGUGCGGUGGCAACUCCAUCCCCUGGAUACCAGGGGACAACAGUCAGUAUGUAGAGGGAGUGAGCCGGUACGUGUGGAUACCCGACGGCGACAGCGUACCCCACCUCGUGGACCUUGAAGAACCAGCAGAUGAAAGCUUUUUAAAUGCUAGAAAUGGUGCUAACAAUGCAUAUUGGCUAUAUACAAGACGAAAUCCACUAAACUACCAAACACUACGUCACAAUGAUGAUAAUUCUGUAAAGAACUCUAGCUACAACGAUACCCUCCCGCUCGCAGUUAUCGUGCACGGUUGGAGCAGCAACGGCCAUUCAGCCAUCAAUCCUCUAAUCCGAGAUGCUAUACUUCACGUAGGUGACUUCAAUAUUAUCGUCGUAGACUGGCAUAAGGCAGCUAAUAGCUUGUAUACAACCUCCGUCAGAGCGGUCCCAUGCAUUGGUAAUCAUCUUGGCAACUUCGUGCAAUGGCUAUUUGAUAACCAUGGUGGGAACUGGGAUAAAGUACACUUCAUUGGCUUCAGUCUGGGCGCACACGUUGUCGGUAACGCAGGACGAGCUGUCAGCGGACGUAUUAAACGUAUUACUGGUCUGGAUCCUGCCGGUCCUGAAUGGAGUGGUAACUCAGGAGCACUAAAACGCAGCGAUGCAGGAUAUGUUGAAUGCAUUCAUACGGAUGGUGGUCUUCUUGGUACUUUCCAUGCAAUCGGUGACGCUGACUUCUAUCCCAACGGUGGAGGUAACCGCCAGCCAGGAUGCUUCAUCAGCACCUGUUCACACAGCCGCUCCUAUGAGCUUUUUGCUGAUACGGUCAGAUACAAUCGUCUUAGUGGAAGGGAAUGUGUAAAUUUGAAUGAAGCUCGCAGCAAGAAUUGCUCAGGUGCUAAGCUCCGAAUGGGUAACAUAGAUUUCAACAAGAAAUCGAGUGGAAUAUUUGGCCUCACAACUGGUUCAAAAUCACCUUUUUAA